AUUGAUUGUUGCGUUAGGCGGCUACGGUAAACACCCCUUCCUAAGUGCCCAAAUUUCUCAAUGCAGCAGACACCUCGAACAACUGCGCCCUUUGAGCCACGUUGCCAUAAGCUCAUAAUCUUGGUGCUGCUCUUGCUACGAGUGGAGAGUUCACUAGCUGGGGACGGGCUUCAUCUCUCGAUGUAUGACCUUGUUAAUUAGAAUAGUUUUCGGACUCGUAAGUGCACUUGGACUCGAAGCUACACACUCCUUCGAAUAUAAACGCUACUGUCUGAUUUGGGGCCUUUCCUUACUUUAUUCGGCAAUGCUGCCAGACGAAUUUAUCAGACGCCGUUUAGACAGGAAAAAUGUUCUGGCCAUCAAUGAUUUGAGGUUAUUAUGGGAGGAAGUGUUGUACUCAGAAGGGGGCAGGAUUUUGGUGUUUCAGGAAGUAGAAACAAGCGUACGGCAAAUUUUCAACAGAGAGGAGGAGAAUGCUUAUUUAUCUCUUGUAAGUUCAAGCAAUUGGUCCGGAGCCCGUUAGGGGACUUUCAAGAGCCGCAUUAUAAACUCAAGAUAAAAAGCCAGCCUCGUCAGUCCCUA